ACCAAAUCAGUCCUGCACCCACAGUAUCGGUAAAAUUGAAAUGAACGCAACGGAAUGGAAGUUGAACAAAAGUGAAUUGUGUGUUUGCUAUUGUUGAACUGUUUGGUCUAGAAGCUGAUUGUCACGCUUAUCGCAGGUGGAAUUUCCUGUACCGUACACUUUGACGACAAAAGGACGCACGAAAGACAAAGCGAAAGGAAAAGGGAACAAGAACGAGAUAGUAUCUGGGAAGGUCGUGUGUGUAUGUGAUGAAGGCAUGCCUCUGGUUAUCGAUGGCUUGGAUACAUAUGAUGCAUAUUGGCGAGCGCUCUGCUGUCGUCCGCUGUUGUAGUAGGAACGGUGGUGGCUAGAAGCAUUGUUAUUAGCGUUGACUACGUUGCUGUGUCUUUGAUGUCUGUUAAUGCCGGGUACUGAUUCGAGGAGCUAACGUAUGUAAACAUACUUUAACAAAACACCUAUCUCGACAGAUGACGUUCUGGCUGAUAUUCCCUUCGAAUAUUAUGUUAAUUAUGGCGGGCGAAAGCGCAAGACAGAAUUAGAUGCGGCAAAGACGCGUUGUUGUCGAGCGCUUAGCCAGGCAUUGGAGGCGACCGAAAAGGGAAAUUGGAGGCUGGGACAUUAAAGCUCGAGUUUGUCAGAAUGAGUGACACUGAGUGUAUACUGAUGUGAUCUCGGAAACGGUCAUUUGACAUUAUACAUAGACACCUUCCCGAUCAUGGAAAAUGGACCCUCCGACGCCUCCAACGGUGACUAAGGACCGUUUGUUGGACACUCUUAUAGAUAUGGCUGAUUUUCUCGACGGUAUUUGCAGGUCAAGGCUGCGCACCGCCGAUCCGAAACCCCCGACGGCACCGCCAGUGCAUCUCGUUCCAUCUCCGCCGCCAGCAUCGCCGCCGAAGUUCGCCCUCGAACCACGCACUGCUACGGACGAAUUCGAGUCGGUUAGCCAGGUAUCGGAAAUCGGCGAUGAUUCAUCGGUCUUGGAUAUCCCCGAAGAGGAGCCCCUCGAGUUAGCUACACUUUCGUCCUCGCCGGCCGUGAAGCCUCAAAAAUACCGACUUCCGUUUGGCACUACCAUAUUUGAGCAACCUCGGCGUGCGCCUCUCGCUCAGCUCGAACCCGAAUUCUCUGACAGUGAGACCCAAACAGAUUGUACCAACAUGGCAAACAAAAGCGUUCAAACAUCCCAGAACGACUUGGACUUUUCAAAAUUCAAUGCCAUCGGAGGCAAGGACAUGACAGUUCCCACGGACGUUGAGGGGGGAACCAUCGCUGGACAGCCGUCACUCGCACAGCUUUGGAAAGGGUUGUUUUUCGCUUCAUUGUCAGCGCUCUUCUUUGCGAUAUCUUCGGCAAUUGUGAAAAACCUCAAGUAUAUACCUGCGGUGCAGCUAGGUGCAGUGAGAUUUGUCGGUAUUCUAGUUCUUUCGUUUCCAGCGGCACUAAUCCGUUCCGAACCGCUCUUUGGCAGUUCUGAUUCUCGAUGGAUGUUACUUGCUCGCGCGAUCGCCGGUUCCACUAGUCUCGUUCUCCGUUUUUACGCCUUCCAGAGGAUGCCGCUGGGAGAAGCUUCCACGAUCAUAUUUUCGGUACCGAUUUUCGUCACAGUCUUGGCUCGCAUCUUUCUUAACGAAGUGUGUUCUAUCUUUCACAUAUUAACGUGCGUGCUCACGCUCAUUGGUAUUGCGUUGAUUUGUAAGCUUCCAUUGUUGGUCGGAAGAGAUCCGUCCAGUACCCUCGCGGUAAUGGGUGAAAGCAACGAACGCCUGUACGGUAUCAUCGCUGCCCUAUCUUCUUGUAUUUUUGCAGCGUCGGUUAUUAUUUUGUUACGCAAACUCAAGGAGACCGAUCCAUACGUGAUCAUGUUUAACUUUGGAUGGAUUGCGUUUAUCAUCACGAGCGUAGCGACCGCAAUUAUAGAGCGCGCGGUUAUCCUACCUAAAACUAUGCUGGAUGCCGGUUUACUUCUGCUUCUAGCACUUUUAAGCUUUUUCGGCCAACUUACGCUGACGUUUUCACUUCGCAGCGAAGACGCUGGUCCUGUUUCAGUGAUGCGUGCAACAGUAGAUAUAAUGCUUGUGUUUAUAUUUCAAGUUGCCUUCUUUCAUGAGAUACCUGAUUUAAAUACUAUUUGCGGCGUCAUCCUUGUAGUCAGUUGUGUGGUGUUCACUGGUUUCCGCAAAUGGGCAACGAGUUUACCUGAAUCCAGUAACACACGUCGCAAAUUGGCCUUUUGUCUGUAAUAUAUAGAGGUAAUAAUUGUUUUAUCGAACGUUUAGAUGGACCACGUGAACUCGUUGUACUGAUUCUCGUAAACAGUAUGCAAUAAGAGUUCAUAAAACGUUGAAGAUACCACCAUAUGUAUAUAAAUGGUAAUUUUGCUCACGGGGACGGCUACCAGGUAGCUUUGGAGUAGGCAUUUCAAGUAUAUAAGCAUACCCCUUCAAGCAAAUUUGGCAAGCCAAAAAUGAUUAUUCUAUUCACACGAGUUAGUAAGCUUCUGCAAAUUAGAGACCUGAAAUUACUUUACUAAGUAAACAAUUGGCCAACACUUAAAUUUACGAAAGAUGUAAAGAAUUCAUAUGAAAAGUAUUUUGCCGAUAAAUAUGGUGGUAAAAGGCAAUCAAUUUGUGAGAAGUAUUGAACGAAGUACUAUAUUACCAAAAACAAGUCUCAUGCAAUUGAGUUGAGGAAUACUUUUGACCAACAAGAUGAACAAUAAUUUAAAUGUUAUAUUCCGUGAUCACUGCGUCGAAUUAGACAAUAAAAUUUGUUUUAAUGUUAAAAAUAAGAGCAAUUUGUAUGCAGCUGUGACCUUGAUCAUUCCAGCUUCUUUAUGUGAGCUGCAAACUGCGCUACAGUCGAUUACGUGGCAUUCGGAUAUUACUCCUGAACCCUUGCAAGGAUGCUUGCUACUUUUUUUUCGAAUUUUUUUGUCUUUUACGUAUUACAUUUUGAACUACUUUAUUUAAAAACACCUCUAUUGAACUCACAUCGUAAUGAGGAGAAGUGCUAUUUCAUUAGUAUGUGACUUUUUAAUUCUGUAACUUAAAGCCGCAAAUUAGGAUCGAUAGAACCUGUAUUGUGUAAAUAGCGGAAUUGCAUGCUUUGAAACAUCUUGCUACCGUUUUACAAAAAAAGAACUGGAUGUAUCCGCUCAAAUUGUCAGUGUGUGACGUGGAGAACGUGGAGCCAUUAUCUGAAUAGAUUUUAGGUGAAGAACAGUUCAAUGAGACUGCGAAGUCUCAUUUUUACGUGGUUAACGUAUAGUCAUAACAACACGAAAGGUAACAGGCACAUAUACAGUACAUAGCCAAUUAUAGAACCUUAGUAAUUUAGACGAAGGCGAAGCAAAUAUAAAAACACACUGCAAUUAGUAAUCUUGUUCCAUAAGAGUAACACAUAAAAAAAAUAAAAACAAAGAUUAUUUUAUACAAAGUAUAGUAUUUUACUCUGCUCAGCUUCCAAAUACAUUGGUCGCUCCAAGACGAAAACCAUUUCUGAAAUUGCUAGUCUCACUUCCCAGAGCUAGAGGUGAUUGAAAGAGAUACUCCGCUCUCACAACACGUUGCGGUUAAACCUCUGAUCUAGUGUCUACGUUCCGUUUAUAAGGAACGCGAGAACAGCAGAAUGAUGUCGUUAGCCCUUGAUUUUUUGUGGGUUUCGACCACUAGCUGCCCUUCACAUAAGCUGCCAGAAUAACUAUUACAGGUACAAAUACAAGGCGAAGGAUUGUUUGACUACAUACGAACAGAUAUAUGUCGGUAGUUGGAUGCUACAAGAAAAUAUCUGACAAGGAGAUAGGUAGAUUUUAACAAAAAUAACGCGAUCAAAAUGCUCGCAGUGGCAUGCACGUAUUGUCAUUCCACCGUAUGCAAAAAACAAGUGACUGUUGAUGCGAGAAAAAUUUAUGCAAGACUAAGUAAAUUAUGGUGGGCGCUGAAAAUAGUCGGUACUUCUCGUUAGUAUUAUGAUAUUGCUACUGCGGUUAAUUGUCUUAUUCUGAGAGCGUUGUUGUAGAGUCCUGUGCGACCUCUGCCUUUUCUAUUGUUGAUAGUGUACAAAGCAAUAAUAAAUUGGAUAAUUUGAGCUAUACGAAACUGUUCGUUAUCUUAAAGCAUGUAUUUAAUAUAUCGUAGUACCAGAACAGAAACACCUACCCUCUAGCAUUUCGAGCCAUAUGUGAAAGCACUCACCCGACAAAUAUGGAAGUGUUAUCUUUUUCUCAUCGAUUUUUGGUCUGGUUUAUUGUAGGUUUGCCACGCGCUUAGGAAUACAGGCAUCGUAGGUAACGUUGCCUUCGAUAUUAAAUGGGCA